UGCUAAGUAGAAGAGAGAGCCUCGACUUUCACUGCGCGCGUGCUCGUUUAUGGCGCCUGAAGUUUAGAUCGACCACAUAGUCGUAUAACAGCUUUAGAGGACUGUACCUAAUUCGUCCGCUUGUGCCUUGCCUCCUCAACGACGACAUCGGAGAACAUGUGUGUUCGCGGUGCCUGAGAAAGAGCUGUCGAGCGAAGCGCACUGGUUCCUGGCAGCCUUGUCUUGCUGUUCAGCCGAACUCAAACUCUAAAACGACCACUGUGCAGCAGUCCGCCGGCCACACGGGCGCAUCAUGCCCGCGACGAUGGAAAUGGCCCGGUCUGGCUCGGCCCGCUCGCCGUCGGGCCGACUGCAGGUGGUGCCCCCUCCCCCCGGCGACAGCCCCGGCCACUCCCCCGGGGGAGGCGCCUCAGGGGGCCGGCUGACGCCAGGCAGUGGCCGCGACUCGCCCACGGCGGCCUCAGCCCGCCCACGUGACAUCGUAGACAGCUACCUGAGACAGCUGUACGGCGGGGAUACAGCCACACGCGUGCUGGCGGCGCAGGGCCUGGGCGCGCUGCCGUCCUUCCUGCCCCGCGCCCAGUCGGGCCAGGCGCUGGCUGCGGCCGUGGAUCUGGGGGUGGUGGGCAGCCUGGCGGACGUGCUGGCCUGUGACGAGGAGCUGCCAGUGCAGGAGGCCUGCCUGCUGGCUCUGUCCUCGUUGCUGCUGGCCACGGCGCCGCACGAGGACCACGCCGCGCCGCUCAAGCCGCCGCACCUCAAGCUGCUGGGCCCAGCCAUCAUACGGCCCGAGGUGCUGGAGCAAAUUGGCUACAUCCUGACUGUCACCACCAGCAGUCGUGUGCUGUUGGCGGCGGCGCGCCUGAUCGCCAUCACCGCGCCGCACAUCAGCCAGUCCAACGACGUGCACGUGUUGGACAGCCGGAUCAUCCCCGCACUGCAGGCCGCCAUCGCCAACGCGCCGGGGCCAGGGGAGCGGCCCACCAGCGGCGCCGGCGGCGCCGCCGUCGCCUCGCCCCGCGACGCCGCCGCCUGCGCGCUGGCCCUCCUCGCCCUCGCCUCCGAGACGCCGGACCUGUACGUCGCCGUGCGCACGUCUGGUUUCUACCAGUCGCUGGCCGUGCUGUACCAGAGGACCAUCGACCCGGACCAGACCAGCGGCGCGGUGCUGCCUGCCGAUGCGGCGGCGCUGCUGCUGCGCGCCGUGACGCUGCCGCCGUCGUCACGCUGGGCGGCCAGCCUGGGGCGGGGCGCGGUGCGGGCCAUGGAGCGGCAGCUGGAGGAGAGCGACGCUCUGGAGUGCCUGUGCAGCUAUGUGGCGGUGGAGGCGGGCGCGCUGAGGGCGCUGGGGCAGGGCCUGGCGGAGACGGCGGCGGACAACGCACGGGCGGUGAUCGAGAAGAACAGCUACGAGCUGGAGCACCUGCAGGAGCGGCAGCGCAGCCUGGGCCAGAGGCUGGCGGAGGUCAAGGACGCCGCGGCGGACACACGCAGGGCGCUGGAGGACGCCCACGCCGCACUCGACCUGGCUCUGGAGCGAGCCGCCGACGCCGACGCCGCCGUGAAGGCCUCACGGCACCCGCUCGGCGGCUCGCCGGAGCAGCGCCGCGCCCGGCGGGAGGCGGAGGGCGCGGCGGCGCGCGCGGAGGAGGCGGCGGCGGCGGCUGGCGAGGCGGCGGCGGAGGCGGAGGAGGCGGUGGAGGAUCUGCGGCUGGAGCUGAGCACUGUGCGACGGGCGGUGGGGCCGGUGCGCUGGCAGAGCGACCGAAUGGCCCGAAUGGAGGCGGCGGCGGCGGCCUGGCUGGACGCACACGGCGCACGCGCGCCCCCCAAGGUCAAACUGGCCCGACCCAACCUGGCACUGCUCAGCCAGGUCCUGCUGUACCUGUCCACGUGUGUCAAGUCGCCCGCCAGCAGCAGCACGGGCCCCGGCAGCCCGGGCGCCACCCCCGCCCACACCACCAGCGCCAACAGCACCGCCAGCAGCCCGCAGCACGCGGCGGCCAUGCAGGCCAAGGCCCUGGGCGGCGGGCUGGUGCAGGCGGUGGUCCGGCUGUCGGGUGUGCUGUCCGGCCUGCGCUCGCUGGCGGCCGAGCUGGCGGCGCUGGCGGCGGACCUGGGGCUGCACCCGGACAUGGCGGGCGCGCUGGCGGCGGCGGGCGGGGCCAUGGGCCGUGAGGAGGCGGCGCUGGCAGGCGUGAGCCGGCGGGCGGCGGUGCGGCUGAAGCAGGUUUCGGCCGAGUCUGCAAAGCUGCGCAAGUCGUUGCGGCUGACCUACUCGGCGCGCGGGCCGGCGGGCUCCCCCUCCAACAGCCGCAGCGGCGCGGCGCGGGCGGCGGAGCUGGAGGGGAAGCUGCUGGACCUGGAGUCGGAGGAGCUGGAGCUGGGGGCGGUGCUGGCGGACUGCGAGGGGCUGGUGGAGCUGCUGGGCGCGCGCACACAGGCCGUCGCCGCUGCUAGCGGGGCGCUGUCCGAGGCGCACGCCGCUUUCGUCCGCGCCUUUCCAACCAGCGCCGCCGGCUCCACGCCCACCAAGGCCGCCGCCGCCGCUUCCGGCACCGCCCGCAGCCCGGGCGGCGGCGCCGGCUCUCCAAACGGUGGCGCCGGCGCCGGAGGCGCGGGCGAUGCUGCCAAGGCUUUGGCUCUGGCGUCCCAUAACAUUAUGGCUAAGGACCCCUCCCACCCCGCGGGACACCUCCUGGGGCUGCUGGCGCGCUCGCUGGCGCCUGUGAUAGGCGGAUCCGGAUCCGGGACUGGAUCCGGGCCGGGAGCUGGAUCCAGUGGAUCUGGAUCCAACCUGGCGGCGCUAGUGGUGCACCUGUACGGGAGCGGUGCCGGCGCGGACUGGGUGGCGGCGGUGUCGGGCGGACCGCCGGGGGCGGGUGGGGGGCCGCCGGGUGUGCUGGGGCUGCUGGGGUUUGGCACGCCCAACGGCACUAGCGGGCUGCUGUCGGCGCAGGCGUCCAGCAUGUCGGUUGGCGGCGGCAGUGUGUACGGCGGCGGCGGCGGCGGUACGGCCGGGAGGAGCCGGCCGGGCUCCGCUGGGCCCUCCCGCCCUCAGUCGGCUCGCAGCCUGGCGGGGGCUGGAGGGGCCGGGGGUGGCACGGCGGGCUUUGGCGCAGGCUACUACGCCGGGCCCGGGUCGGCACGGCCUGCUUCAGCACGACCUGGCGGCAGCGCCGCUGCCAGUCCCAGGUCCCCGCGCGGCCCCGGCGGCUACGGCGCGGGAGUGGGCAGCUCCGGGUACGGCGGCGGGUACGGCGGUUUUAGCGGUUUCACCAACGGCGGCGGCGGCGGCGGCCUGAGCUACCCAAAGGAUGCUGUGGGCCGUCCCAUGCGGUAUCCGCUGGACUCCAACUACGGCAUCAUUCAGGCCACGCACAGCCCCCUGCGCGGCUACAGCGCCCCCAACAACGGCCCCAAGUUCGCGCUGCUACUGCGGGACAAGGUCUGGUCGCGCGGCCCAGCUGCCACAGCCACCGGCGGCGGCAGUAGUAUCACCAGCACCAGCGCCAGCAGCCCCACCAGCUACAGCCGCUCCUCGCCCGCCGGCACCGGCCUUUCGACUUCCACGUCGGCUGCUACAGCCGCCGGCCUGGGCGCUACCGCCGCCGGCAGUAGCCGGCCUUUGUCAGACGCCGAGGCUGAGGCGGCGCUCGAGGCGGCGCUGGCGGCGCUGCCGCCGGUGAGCGGCGAGCUGCCUGUGGCGGCGGAGAGCGGGCGUGUGGUGGCGGCUGUAGCAAACUCGGUGCUGUUUGACCCGGUGGACCUCGCGGUGCUGGGCCCGGGAGUGCUACAGCCGGCGGUCGCAAACGGCGGCGGUAGCCAGGCGGGCACGCCGCGCGGCGGCGGCGGCGGCGGCGGCGAGGACGGCGCGCCCGCCCCCACCCUGACGGUGUGUGUGCUGGACGCGCUGCUGCUGCAGUCGGAGCUGCUGUGCGGAGUGCUGUGGGGGCUGGCGGCCCUGCAGGGCUUCUGCAGGCACGCCAGCCGCGCCUGUCGCUCUCUGCCCACGCAGCUGGACUUCUCCUCCCUGGCCCUGCUCCCGCCCGGGCAGGUGCCGGCGGCCUCCCUGGCGGCGCUGCACCGGCUGUGGGCGGAGGCGCUGGGGCGGCAGCCCGAGCUGCGAGUGCCCAUCGCUCGCUCGGUGCAGCAGAUUGCGGAGUUGGGCCUGGUGCCGCCCGGCGACUUCCCCGCCGUGUACCGGGCCAGCGGUGUGGUGGCGGCGCUGGUGUCCAUGUUGGCUGGCGCGUUGAGGCCGGGAGGGGGCGGCAAGGCAUCCAAGUCCGCCUCCGACCCAGCCGACGCCAACGGCGGGGGCGGCUCGCCUCCCGGCUCCCCCAGCGGCCCCGGGUCCCCACACGACACGGCCACCGGCGCCGACAGUCGCCCUGCUCCCGGCAGCCUGGGGGCGCCGCUGGCUCCUCGCCACGUGGGCCGCAAGACCGCCACCGCGCCGCCCACCCUGCGGCUGAGCGCGGCGCAGCAGGCGGAGCAGGCGGCGGCGGCGCGGGCGCUGCUGGCCAUCAGCGACGCGCAGCCCGAGGUGCUGGCGUCCAUUGCGGAGGACGAGCAGCUGCUGUCCCGCCUGUCCUCGCUGUGCCUGGACCACUCCAUGGCCUGGCCCGCCCGCCUGGCCGCCGCCGACCUGCUGGCAGACCUGGUGCUGGGCGGCGGCGGCGGCGCGGCGGCGGCGCUGGCGGGCGGCGCCUACGCCGGCCUGGCCGAGGUCAUGAACCGGGACACCUACCCCUACCUCAACCAGGACCCGCGCGGCAGCAAGUCCACGGUGGUGUCGGCGUUGGCGGCGGUGGCGGCACACGAGGAGCUGUUGGAGGCGGUGGUGACGGCGGCGGCGGCCCCCUCCGGCCCCUGCUCCGGCCUGCCCCUGGACAGCGCUGAUCAGGUGCUGGCAGCCAUCCUGCGCUCGCUGUGGGGCGUGUGCCAGCAGGUGUACAACACCAUGAGCGCAGACAGGACAGGCCGCGGGCGGUACGUGGACCCCGCCCUCAUCUCCGCCCUCACGUCCACCGCCGCCACCGCGGCACACGAGCUGGCGGUGCUGGCAGACACGCAGCCCCAGGCGAGGCGCGUGCUGCAGAGCGAGCUGGGGCUGGCGCGCAAGAUAUCCAUAUCCUUCCUGCAGGCGAUCAAGGACGCACCCUUGUAUGAGGCACUGCUGGAGCUGCGCAAGAACAUCACCUAAUGGACGUCAACAAGCGACAUAGUUCUAAGCUUCAUACAUUGCCAUUGAUAGGUGCAUGGCACGCAGCGGUGGUGUGGCUUUGGCUGGCGAGUCAGUUGGAUAGUGGCUGGAUGAAGGAAGCAGCGGACGGUACGCGGAGGAUGGUGGCAGGGAUGGCGUGGGAGUUGCGAGCUCCAAGCGCAGGAUGAGCAGCUGCAUGAAAUGAUUUGAGGUUACGAUAGAAUGUCUACUUUGGUAAACCUCGGGGCAAUCGCGACGUGGAGGUGACGCCAUGGGUGCAUCGCUGGUCAAGCUCAGGUGUGGGUCUGGUGCAGCGUGCAAGGCACUAACAAACAACACAAUGUUCGUAGAGUGACCGUCUCAUUAACUUGUAAAACAAUACUGCG